AUGUUGCUCAAUUUUGUUGCUGAAUUAUAUUCGCGUAUGGAUGCGCUCCAAUGCGAAGUUAUGAACGUUGUAGCGGGGGCAGUUCAACAGGUCGAAGACGUUGACGGACUUCGCAUCCAGUCGGAGUUUAGCCGCUUUUUAAAAGAGUGGGUGUUAGCUUCUAUCCUUAUAUCUUUCCUUCGCUACAUCAAUUAUUUCCCUAAACUUUGCCAACAGAUUGGCUCUAAUAAGUUGUGGAAUGCAUUGGUAAUAAGGAAACGGAUGAAAUUGAUCUUCUUAUGGCUCUUAGUACCGCCAUUCAGAUUUACCGACGAGAAUGGUGUGAGAAUUUAUGAUAACGCCAUUUCGGCUUUGAUUGAGCCCGAGAGAAACACACUAUAUGUGGACAUGCGUCACAUCCAUUCCUACAGUGCUACCCUUUACGGAACAAUAGAGCUUCAGUUUUACAAGCUUUAUCCUUAUGUAUGUGAAGCCCUGCAGCUGGCCGUUAUCGAUAGUUGCAGUGAAGAUGCUGACAGGCACCGAAUGCAUAAAAAAGAAGUUUACGUUUCUUUUGCUGGUCUUGAAAACCGCGUCAAUGUUCGAGAGUUAACGGCGGAAAAAAUAGGUGCUAUGGUUUGCAUUAAUGGACAGGUCGUGCGUACCCAUCCUGUUCAUCCCGAACUAAGCCGGGCUACUUUCAUUUGCGAGGAUUGCGGAGUCACAACGAGGAAUGUUCUUCAACAAUUUAGAUAUACACAAGUACAGAUUCUUUAUCUGCUAGCUCUUACUGUACUUUUUGAAGAUGACUUACCGACGCGUUGUACAAAUCCUCAGUGUAUGAAUCGUAAUAGAUUCAGUCUUGAUGUUGAUGACUCUUCAUUCGUCGAUUUUCAAAAAAUUAGGAUCCAGGAAACUCAAGCUGAGUUGCCUCGCGGUUCUGUUCCAAGAACAUUCGACGUGAUUGUUCGUGGAGAAAUGGUUGAGUCUGUCCAGCCAGGUGAUCGAUGUUCAUUGACUGGAACUCUUAUAGUUAUUCCAGAUAUAUCUCAACUGAGUUCCCCAGUAACAUUCUCAGGUCUCCGUGCCGAAGCUGGUGGGGACAACCGUGGUCGCGCUUCAGAAAGGGAUGCAGGACUGACAGGGUUGAAAGCAUUAGGUGUACGUGAUCUUAACUACAAACUGGCAUUCCUUGCUUGCCACAUUGAGUCUAAUAAUACCAAGUUUGGUGGUAAAGACUUUUCACACGAGAAUAUUGAUCAUUUGCGACUUUGGAAGCAGAUGAGCAAUCAAGAACACGCAGUUUUGAAGACAAUGAGUGAAGACAAACGCAUUUCUGAAAAUUUGGUUGAAAGUCUAUUUCCGAAUAUAUAUGGAAAUGAUGAGGUAAAACUUGGUGUUCUGCUCAUGUUAUUUGGAGGAGUUGCGAAAAAGAGCAAAAGCGAUGGGACUACCCUACGUGGUGAUAUCAACGUAUGUCUUGUCGGCGAUCCAUCAACAGCAAAGAGUCAGAUUCUG